CGAGAUCAUGGGCAUUGACGACGCCGAGAUUGGCGAAUUUGCUGUAUGCUACCCCUUUCAGUGCAUUAACCAUCAAGAAUCCGCUUGCUAACAUGCAAACAGUAUGACUACGUCGAGAUAACCCGCGACGUGAUCAGCCCGGCCAAUAGCGAGAUCGGCGAAGCCGCUUCGAAGCGCAGUCUGACUCCAACUGGCCAUGAGACAACUGUAGAGGCCAAGGCUUAGCCGAGGAGUUGUCUAUGAUUCGACCUUCAUAUCCAUGUUUUACCCUUUCUCUUAAUUAUCGUUCCAGGCUGACGGUACUUUUUAAUACUGGAGAACCAGCGGCGAUAAGUUUGUAUAUACAUUUAGUAAACCUCAUCAUUCCUUACAAUUUUUUUUUGUAUUUUUUUUUGUUUAUUCCACCGAUUCCUCACUUAAUCAUGGAAAAAGAAGUACAUGUCUUUCUGGCCUUGUUUCUUCUACUUCUCCAUUCAGUUUCUUGUCAUUUCAUUUCAGAUACCCUUCUCUCCCUCCUAUUUUACUUUAAUUUCAUUACUUUUACAUUCCUUCGGCAUACCAUUAUUCCUCACAACCAAAUCCAACUUGCAUAUCAAUUUUAAAAGAAAUAAUACAAAACAACCACAAAACCCCAUGGAAACCCAUAA